AUGGGGAUCCGAGAGUUUCCCGGCGGCGCACCCAGGGGCAAGAGCAUCGCCAUUGGCAUGAGGAGGUCACCGGACGUCAGCCCCAGGAGACUGUCGGACAUCAGCCCCCAGCUCCGGCAGCUCAAGUACUUGGUGGUGGACGAGGCGAUUAAGGAAGAUCUGAAAUGGUCGCGCUCCGUGGAGGACCUCACCAGCGGGCCAGUGGGACUCACGUCCAUCGAGGAGCGGAUUCUGCGCAUCACCGGCUACUAUGGCUACCAGCCUUGGGCAACAAGCUACAAAAGGGAGGAGCGCCCCCGAGACUCCCCGGGCCCGGCGGAGGCCCAGGCGCCGGCCGGGACGGAGACCGGCGGCAGGACGAGCCAACGUUGCUGGACGUGUCCCCGGGCGCAACUCAGGAAGAUUUUCUGGGGUGUGGCGGUCGUGCUGUGCGUGUGUUCCUCCUGGGCGGGCUCCACGCAGCUCGCCAAGCUGACCUUCAGGAAGUUCGACGCGCCCUUCACCCUCACGUGGUUUGCCACCAACUGGAACUUUCUGUUCUUCCCGUUGUACUAUGCGGGGCACGUCUGCAAGUCUGCGGAGAAGCAGUCCGUGAAGCAGAGAUUCAGGGAAUGCUGUCGAUUUUUUGGAGACAAUGGCUUGACUUUGAAGGUGUUUUUUACCAAGGCAGCACCCUUUGGUGUUCUUUGGACACUCACAAACUACCUGUACUUACAUGCAAUAAAGAAAAUAAACACUACGGAUGUCUCCGUGUUGUUCUGCUGCAACAAAGCUUUUGUGUUCUUGCUCUCGUGGAUCGUUCUCAGGGACAGGUUCAUGGGAGUGAGGAUAGUGGCUGCCAUCCUUGCCAUCGCUGGCAUCGUGAUGAUGACCUAUGCCGAUGGCUUCCAUAGCCAUUCUGUCAUUGGCAUAGCCCUGGUGGUGGGCUCCGCAUCCAUGUCAGCCCUCUACAAGGUUUUGUUCAAGCUCCUCCUGGGCAGUGCUAAAUUUGGAGAAGCCGCCUUAUUUUUGUCCAUUUUGGGUGUCUUUAACAUCCUCUUCAUCACCUGCAUUCCUGUCAUCCUCUACUUUACCAAAGUGGAAUACUGGAGCUCCUUCGAUGACAUUCCAUGGGGAAACCUUUGUGGAUUUUCAGUUCUUUUAUUGACAUUCAAUAUUGUAUUAAAUUUUGGAAUCGCUGUUACAUACCCCACUCUGAUGUCUCUUGGAAUCGUCCUCAGUGUACCUGUGAAUGCAGUGGUCGAUCACUACACCAGUCAGAUAGUCUUCAACGGGGUCCGGGUCAUCGCCAUCAUCAUCAUUGGCCUGGGCUUCCUCCUCCUGCUCCUGCCUGAGGAGUGGGACGUCUGGUUGAUCAAGCUGCUCACCCGCCUCAAAGUGAGGAAGAAGGAGGAGCCAGCGGAGGGCGGGGCAGACACGGGCUCCGGACCUCAGAACAGGAGCAGGAGAGCCCGCCCUUCCUUUGCCCGCUAA